GCUUGUAUUGGGAGCAACGUGGACCAGUGGCUGGGCACUGUCAGACCAGACAAGGUGAAGGCAUGUUGAGCUGGAUUGAGAGGGUGCUGCCCCAGCCACCGAGCACCCCUCAGAAGAUCGGGGCAGGAGAAGAGGCGAAAUCGGAUCUGGAACCAGCACCAGCAGAACCAGAGGUGAAGGAGGAUCAGCCCGUGAGGAAAGAGGAGCCUGAGCAGGCUCCAAAGGAACCAUCUGGAUGUACAGAGAUGCCUCCCCAGUGCAGCAACCCGGAGGUCCCCCAGGAGACUGUGGAGAUGCUGCCUACAUCUGCUUCAGCCCAAGUUCCUCUGGCUCCUGGGAACGGUGCCAGUGGAUGGGUCCUGACCUUAAUGACAAAGGGGCUCCAGAGAGUGGUCCCACAGCCUCCCCAGGCCCUGAUAGUCCAGAAUGUGGAAAGCAACACCAAUGUUCCUGACCAGGCUGGAGCACAGACCCUUGGGAAUGAAGAAACAUCAGGCCCAGGGUUGGCACCAAAUGACAACAUUGACAGCCAGGACAAGGGGACUGGAAAAAGAGUCCUGAAGUGGCUGGUGCAGGGUUUGGAGAAGUAUUACCACAGCCUCCACCCCAGCUCUUGAAAAUUUCUGAGGCAGCCUGUACUGGGCUUGGAGAAGCAGCUGCAGAAUCAGCAGCACCCCCAGAAGCCCAGCCAGAGCCUCAGACAAAGGAAACGGAGCCCCCACCAGAGAGCUCUGCCCCAAUGCCAGCUCCUCCAAAGCCUGAGGAGCCCCCCACAAACCAGGACAGCCAGCCAGAUACCCUGGCUGCCUCCUGCCUCCCUCCUGC